AGGAUCCGCCGGCGAGGUAUUCCAAACAUGUUUUAUAACGUUCUUAGGGGAACAGUCCAAACACAUAUAAGGAAUGUAAGCAACUAUAAUUUGAUACGCCUUGCCAGCAGCUCUGGGAGACCAAAGGAUGACAUCAAGGACGCUUUGGACAUUGAAGCGAGUCUGUUUGACAACUCGUUAUUACAGCAUCGGCCGGUGAACACGCGGGAAGUUUUACGCAAGCACAAGCCCAAUUUUACGAGGAAACCCAAAAAGGAGCCGCAAAAUGUGUUGGUGGCUGAAAAAAUCACGGAGAUGCAGUCAUUGACCAAAUUUCCCAAUCCGGCAUUUACUCGCACACAUGCGCCUCUCAUCAAAGACAGCGAACUUAAUUUAGAGUUUACGCGACUCACCUUGCAGGAUCCUCUUAUGAGCACUUUACUGACCGAGGUGCGUUCGCGCAAACGUCGCGAUAAGAACAAACAGAUUAUUAUCGAGGGCCGCCGUCUCAUUGAGGAAGCCCUGGAAUGUGGCCUGCGCAUGCAUGCACUGUUCUUUAGCCAGAAGGAUCAACUGGGACUGCUGCGCGAACCGGUAGCCCAGGCCCAGCAAGAGCACAACACCAUGAUCUAUAAGGUGCCACAGCACGAUCUGAAGACAUGGUCGGCGCUGGUGACGCCACCAGGGCUGCUGGCACUGUUCGAACGCCCAUCUGCGCGUGGUCUGCUGCAGCAGCAGCAACUGGGCAGUGAACCACUGCCCAUCACAGUGGUUUGCGACAACAUACGAGAGCCAAAUAAUUUGGGCAGCAUUAUACGCACCUGUGCCGCUUUGCCCUGCACUCAGGUGGUGGUGACGCACGGCUGCUGUGAUCCCUGGGAGUCGAAGGCAUUGCGCGGUGGCUGUGGCGGACAAUUCCGUUUGCCCAUACGCGAUGAUGUCACCUGGGAGCAGCUAGCGCUGCACAUACCACCCGAAGCAGCCGAAGAUUGUCACGUGUUCAUUGCCGAAAACAAUCCGGAAAAGCGGACAAGUCAAGAAGGCCGCACCACCGUAGACUAUGCAGAGUUGGGAAAGGUAGGAGCACACAACAUUCUCAUCAUUGGCGGCGAAAGCCACGGCGUCAGCGAAGAUGCUUACAGAUUUAUGCAUUUGGUGGGCAGCAGAGGUAAGUGCGUCUAUAUUCCUCUGGCUAUGGGCAUCGAUAGCCUGAAUGUGGCGUCUGCUUUAACGUUAAUACUUUUUGAGCUGCGCCGAAAACUUGUCAAUAAAGAUGAUUAACCAUAAUCUUUGUUAUGGGUUAUUUAAAUAUUUCAA